CUCCUCGGGACUGGAGGAGCUGGCUGCGGCUGGGAGUCAGACUGCAGUUGUCGCCACACACACACACACACAGGGUGAUGAUGUCUCCCCUCGUCGCCCGCCUGCUGCUGCUCGUCGCCUGCCUGGCUCUGCCGCUCUAUGGCGUGGAAAAGGUGAGAAACAGAGGAUACCGAAAGGAUCCCGACGCCGACAAGUGCACUGGUGGAAACGAUGCAGAAAAGCCCAACUGCACCACUAGUCACUCGGAUGGAGAAGGAAGAGCUGCUCGCUUGAGCAACACGUAUGGCAGCUGCUUGCAGGGGCCAGCCGGCACCGCGGGCAGAGAGGGCAACCCCGGGGCGAACGGCAUUCCGGGGACGCCGGGCAUCCCGGGCCGCGAUGGCCCCAAGGGUGAGAAGGGCGAGUGCAUAAGCGAGAUCUUCGAGGAGCCCUGGAGGCCCAACUACAAGCAGUGCGCCUGGAACUCUCUGAAUUACGGGAUCGACCUGGGCAAAGUGGCUGACUGCACGUUCACCAAGAUGCGCUCCGACAGCGCCCUCAGGGUCCUCUUCAGCGGCUCCCUCCGGCUCAAGUGUAAGAACGCGUGCUGCCAGAGGUGGUACUUCACCUUCAACGGGGCAGAGUGCACGGGGCCCCUGCCCAUAGAGUCCAUCAUCUACUUAGACCAGGGGAGCCCGGAGCUCAACUCGACCAUCAACAUCCACAGAACGUCCUCAGUCGAAGGCCUGUGCGAGGGUGUCAAAGCCGGGUUGGUGGAUGUGGCCGUGUGGGUGGGGACCUGCGCUGACUACCCCAGAGGUGACGCAUCCACGGGCUGGAAUUCAGUAUCCAGGGUCAUCAUUGAGGAACUGCCCAAAUAAAAACUUAACAGUCCCGGUACGUCGUCUGGCCUUUUCAAAGAUGAGCAGGUGUGGUUUUUGCCGAGGCAUCAGAGCAUCACUGAUGGUAAUCUGAAUGUUGUUGUUGUUGUUCAAGUACUAUACAAGAUGACAGCCCUGUUAACAAGAAGACUGUGUCAUUCUGUCGAACAGAAGAAACAUUGUACUGUAGCUUUUUCCACUUGUGGGUGCUUUUACUUUUCAGUAACCAAUUAACAGACAUUGUGACGACACACUGACGAGAUUUGAACUCUGUACUCGUGUUUUUAUUGACUAUUACUGUUAAUAAAGUAUGUCAUCUUUUUUU